UAAAAAUGGAGGGAAGUAAAUGAUUUAAUUAAAUCAAAAGAUUUAAAUUUUAAACAGUCAUUAACUAAAUAACUGUAAUUAGGAUAAUUAGUGGGAAGUUGAGUGGAUAAUGGGCGGUUAAUUAAGAGAGGGAGUGUUUAACGGUUACUUAAGGAGGCUUUUAAGAGAAUUUAAGCAUUUUGGCUUUCUAAAUUCCCCUUUCUGAAAAUAUAAACCAAAUUCGCCAUUUCUCUCCUCAUUUCUUCACCAACUCAUUUUCGAACUCUCUGAAAACCCAUUGCUUCCGCUUUGAAACUUCUUUCCACACCCGAAAUCAAAGCUUGGCGUUCGAUCCCGCUGCUCUGACCCAUUGAAUCGGCAAGUUUCGAUCCUCAUAAAGGUAAUUUUCUUCGAAUUUCCCUUGAUUUUCUUAGUUUUUUCAAAGAAUUCCUCUUUUCCCGACUUCCUUUCUUGCGAAUUCAUCAAUGGCUCGCUUAAGAGGUCGACGGACUGGGAGGUGAGGUCAGGUCAGGGACCCUAGGGUCCGUGCCAAUGUAUGGAAUGGGGAACGCGUCGCAGAAGACCCGGAAAGGGGGAUUCCGACGGUCCCCUUGAACGCGGCUGCCCCUCAGCAAGGGGCUGAGGCUGAGCUUGCCCCUCAGCAGGGUGCCGAGGCUGGAGCUGCCGAACAUGAGGAAGAUCUGCCUCUUGCGCUAUGGGAUUUGCUACCUGGGUAUGUUGAAUGGCAGGAUGCCGAAGCCCAGAGAGCCAUGAUUGAUAAUAUCCCUUAUUAUUGGUGGGUUAGGUACGCCGAAGCUUAUCGGUUUGCCGAACAAAUCGAAUUACACUAUGGCAUCCUUGAAGAAGAUGGGUAUUGGUGCCAAAUGCCUUCGCCUACUGACAGAAUUCAUCGCCCUCCCCCUGGAUAUGUGGGGGUAUAUACUCGGCAACUACAGUACGGGAUUCGGUUCCCCUUGGAUCCCUUCGUCAGGGACAUUCUGAUAAAAUACAAGAUCUCUUUGUGCCAGUUGACACCCGUCAGUAUUCGGCGGGUGAUGACUUAUCUCUGGGUAUGCAGGUUCUUUGCUGUCGAACCGACUCUGCACUGCUUCCGAAGGAUGCAUUAGCUGGUGCAGAACACCCAAAGUGUAUAUGGUCACCAUGGGGCUGGUUGGUGGCGAAUUGAGAGUCAUCCCCAAUAUUUGACCAUGUGGCCGAACGAUUCUUCGGAUAAGGACUGAAGAGGCCAGUGGAUUUGGGUAAGGGCUCCUGCUGAUCCGGAGCAUCCCUACUUUUUCGGGGUCCCUCGCUAUCUCUCCAGGCCCGAUCCGAACAUGCAAGAUUUGGGUCCAGAAGACCCUGAUGCCGCCAGCCAUCCAAGUUACGUACAGAUGAACUUCUUCGGGAAGCAGAAAAAUCCUGGGGGGACUGGCUGAAUGAAGUCCAUCCUAGCCCGAUGGCUUCCCGAUAACCAUUACGUCUUCCAAGAGAAGAUGUUGGCAGUUGUCGGCCUCAGCCGAAAGCAUAGAGGGUAAGUACCUUCGGCUGGGGCCGAGGUCUUUAUUUUGUUAUUGCCUUAUUUGUUUUGUCCAUAUCCUAGAGCUAACCUUAAACUUCUCCUUUUAGAGGUUGAGCGAGGCUACUUCCAACAUUGACUACGAUCGGCUGGGAUUGAAUGCUGAAAUGGUCAUUUUAGACCGAGCCCCAGCUAUCACUGCUCCAAAGGAUCGUCCUCUGCACCUACACUCGUCGGGCCUUCAGAUCGAGGCUGCUGCAGAUUAUCUGAGGCAGAAGCCUUGGUGGGAGAAAUGGGAUCCUCUGAGGCCUUUGCUAGCCGAGGAAGUACUCGCCGCUCAGGCUGCCGAAGAGGUGACUAGGGCCAUCAACUCCCUAGAAAGGGGUGAGGGGACCUCUAGGGCUGCCGAGGUCCGGCCGAAGACUUUGUCUGAGGAAGAGGGCAGAAGAAGAGAAGGGAAGGCUCCAGUAUCGUCAGACGACCUCUCAGAACUCGAAUCUUUGGAUUCCGACGAUAUGGACGACCAGCCUCUGGAGCCGAGGAAGAGAAGGAGGACGGGCCCGACUGUUAUGGGUUCGGGAGAGUUUGCGCUGAGGCCGAUGCCUGGCGUGUUAAUAAGGGAACCUGCUGCUGGCCGAGGCAGGGUUCCGAGAAGUACAUGGGGUCCUCCUCCCCCGACUCAGCCACCACCGCCAAUCCCGUCGCCGCCGAGGACCCCUCCACCACUUGCUGACAUGGAGGUGGACCAGCGAACUCCGGAUCCCAAGGGAGGGGUUCCUGAAGCGGUUUCCAACAAGAGGAGUGUUGCUGAGCUCCCUGAGGUUGUUGUUAAAGUAGCCGAAGAGGCGGCUACUACUGGAGACGAGGCCCCUAGGGGCUUCACUGAUGAGAUUCAACGGGAGGUUGACGCCUUAACCAGUGAACCUCUCGGCGGGGCUGAAGAAGCCCAGGCUGGAAGGGCAACGACUGAGCCCGAUAAAGCGGACGAAGUUCCAUCGACUUCGUUCCCCUCCUUCAAGUCUUUUCAGUCUGGGGACAUGGGGUUCUCAGCUAAGAAGUGCUCUAUCCCAGAUGGCAUUAGGGCCGAGAUCUGGGGGAGGCACAGGGAAAGUGCUGAAGCUUACUUCGGCGGUUGCUCCAAAUUAUCUGAAAUGAAGCAAGUCCGAGAGUGGUCUAUUCGGGCAACCGCUGGAAUUGCCGAACCCGGUCCUUCAGUACCAGAUCCAGCUAGAGAUAACCAGAGGCUGCUGAUGCAGGUAUGUAACAAGAUCCUGCCCCUUCAGUAUUUCCAGUUCAUCCCACUUGUAAAUAAUAAUAAUUUAAAUUUCAUUCUGGCUCCGCAGGUUAUCUACAACCACACCCUGACCUGUGAGAUGAUUGACACGCUCCAGGGAAGGGUGGACAUUGCUGAGACAGAGGCGAAGCUUGCCCAGCUGAAGCAGGAGAAGGCUGAGCACAAGGCUAAGGUCGUGAUCGACUCCUUCAACACCUUCUGCAAUGAAAUGGAGAAGGAUAUCUUGCCUCAGAUAGAUGAGGGUGAGGCCCUGCUCAAAGCCUUCGGUGCAGUUGACGUUCCCAACCUUAAAGCCAAGAUCCAGCACAAAAUCGACGCUGAGGUCCAAUCUCAGGGGCUGGCCCGAGAAGAGAUAUCUCAGUAGAAGCUCAAGAUCUUGGAGGCUGACGCCAAACAACACCGCCAAGCCUGCGAAAUGAGGGAGAAGGAGCUGGUCGAGGCCGGGAUUCAGCUAGAGUCUCAGUGGCAGAGUAUCACCAGCCUGGAGGUUCAGCUGAAGAACUAGGAGGAAGACCUUUCUCAGGCUCGUGAGAAGGUCGAGCAGACUGAGCAGAGGCUUGCUGAUGCCGAGGCUCAGUUGAAGGAGAAGCGAGAGUCUUCCCAAAAAGCCCUAGAAGAGGCGCAGAAGAAGCUAGCCGACGCUGAGGCUCAGCUAGCCCUAAGGGUUUACACCUAGGAGGAGUAUUCGACUGCCUACCUCAAUGGCUAUGGGGUGGCUCGGAGGCUGGCUCUUCAUGCUGCGCCUGAUCUGGACUGGUAUCAAUGCGAGGUCUGGGCUGAAGACCCCAAGGACCCUCAUAUGCAGCAAGCCAGUCAGGCUGAGGUUCAUCUGCUAGCCCGCCUCCAGGCCGAGGAUGCUGAGAUGGAGGAGGCUGAGCUGAGAGAAGCUGAGACGAAGGAAGCUGAGGUCCAGGAUUCGGCUCAGCCUGCCUCUUCAGCAGCUGGGGUUGACGCCGCGCCGGACUCCACCCUCGCUGGGAUGCCUGAUCUUCCAGCUGAAGCCUAGGGACUCAGGCAGUCGUCUUCAGAAUCUUGCGGAUCAACGUGCUCUUAAAAUGAUGGAUGCCGCUUCUGACUGUUUUUUGCCUUUGUUUUUGCUUCAGCUUGCCUUGGUGUACAAAUUUAUUUACUUUUUGCCUUAUACGCAUUUCGGCAGCUGUUAUUUUCCGCUUGUGGGCGGCUACCGAUACUGUCUUUUAGUUUGCUUGAACAUUUAUGCUUUGUAGCUCGUAAUACGAGCAUGAUUUUGUAUCUAUGCAUUUGACAUUUCCCUCAUACUGCUUUGCUUUAAACUUGCUUUUCUUUUUCUUUUUUUUUUUUUUUGCUAAGUACAAAGCUUCAGAUAAGAGGUCUCAGCUGAGGUCGUCUCCACCUGUUGUGCCUCUUGCCCCCCUAGAGAUUUGAAGGCUUGCCCUUCAGAUUUAUGAGAUCACUAUUUUCUACCAGUUUAUGCUUUUGCUCUUGAUAAGGUGAUGGUGUAGGAGUUUUAGGCCUCUCGCCCGCUCCUUGACUUAGUCUUUUGUUCUUGCGGUUCUUAGCCAUUGCUCCUAAGAUUUUUGCAAGAUGAUUUUGAUUGGCUUAAAGAUUUUUUGAAAGUCUUCCCCACAAACAGCGCCAAAUUGUUUCGGGUGAAACAAUGGGACUUAGCCGAAGGUCCGAUGAAGUGGAUGAAGACUAAUCCGGUCCAAGUGAUGCUGGGCCGAAGGUUUCCUGCACAGCAAACACACGUAAACUGACCUCGGGGGUGGAUCCGAGGAAGACCCCUCCGAUGCCGAAGUCAAACAGUGUUUAGAGAGAGAAAGCUAUACCAGAGAUUUAAUGCUUGAGGCUUUAUGUGUGUAUAUGAAUGAAUGACAAAUAAUGUAAUUGAAGGAUUUUAUAUCUUAGCAUACAAAGAGAGGAGAAUGAUCGGGCCCCAAAUAACCAUGGGCUGACCAUAACAAUAUGGACCAAUUGACUUAUUGUUGACUUGGCUUAAUUGGAGGCUUGGGCCUUGACCUUGGAAUAUUGGAUCAUUUAAUGACUAGGCCCAAUUAGCUAAAUUGGGCCCAAACACUUCGUAAAAUAAUUUGUAUUCUUAAGAGGCCUAAGGGGCUAAGGGCUAUCCAAAAGUUAAGAGUGGAAACAUUAAGGAUGAACUCCAUGGAGUACUAUACUACUACUAACAUUAAUCAACUCUUAGUUUUGUCAUAAAGAAAAUACACUGUAUUUAAUGUUUAUGGUGUCUUUUUAGGGAUAUGUAUACAAAAAAUUGCAUUAUAUCAUGAGGGAAAUUGAUUCAAAACAUAAGCACUAGUCUCUAAUAUUGUUAUCGUAGUUGUAUUAGUUUGUUAGUUAGCAAUAUUUUCAAAUUAAUGAUUAGACAUAAGAUCACUGUGAGGCAAUAGAAUGAAUCACGAGGAUCAUCAUAACAAAACAGAUAACUGUUAGUUUUUUUGUUUAAGGUAAGGAGAAAAGCCUUGACCGUAUCUCAACCGUCAAGGUUUUUUUGGUUCGGUAUUUACAGGUCAGACACUUUAAAAGUAAGGGGUAAGGGUAAGGGAUCUCCAACCUCAAAGUGUCCCUACUAGAGAUUGAACCCCAAACCUCAAGAUUGGAAAGUGAAAAUCUUACCACUAGACCAAGCUUAGCUUGGUGAAUAAGUGUUAUUGUUUGUGUCGUAGGAUCCUAUAGAAUUGAGAGGGACACUACUAAUACAUUUUACAACACUUUGAAUCUCAACAAUACUUUUCCAAUGAUAGAAGAUUUGUUAGAUUUCUAAUGAAACACUCCAUGAUAUAGCAAGGUGAUACACCAAGUAACUCUUUUUACUUUUCGAGAUUUUUCUAAGCAAUUAAUAGAAAGAUAAAGUUGUAACAUGAAAUAUAUUUUUCCUGCUUUAAAGUUAUGAAAUGGCAAUAUGAAUAUAUCCCAUGAGUAAGACUUACACUUGCAGAAGUAUAUAGAUUGUUCCAAAAAAAAUUGUUUCAAUUGACCCACAUGCUCCCUUUUUUCCUUCAUUUCUUUUUACUUAGAACCAAAAUAUAAAAAUUAAUAAAAAUAAAAAAAAAAAGUAUGGACCAAAAUCAAGUAUGAAGGUCAAAUCUGUCAUUUCAAUUUAUCAAAUGUUAUUAAGUAGUUACAGACAUACAGCUAGCUCCAUGUGCUUGGGAAAUUUCUUCAGUGAUUAGUGAUUACCAUUGUCUGGCUCAUCAAGGGAAAAUUAAAGUCUAGGAAUUUAUGAUAGCUUAUAUUUUGGAGUAAUUUUUUUUUUUUUUUUUUUAAAAAGUAAUGUGAUCGAGACCUCUCAUAGUCCCCAUUUAUUAAAAAAUAUAGGCACUCUAUGUUAAAAAAACUGUCCUUUUUUUUUAAAAAAAAUACUGCCGUCCAAAUUUAUCGCCACCGCCAUCAUUUCAAGAAUUUUUUCUCAUUUUUAUUCUCUACCAUUAGUCCAUCAACCACAACCGUAUCAACCACCACCUUCUACACCUAACAUCCACAAUAACGGCGAUAGUCGACAAGAAACGGAUGGUGAUCGAGGUGGCUCUAUAAAAAGAGAAUCAGGGGUCAACCAGAGUUCCACGGUAACCAGUUUUGACCUCCGGUUACCGUGGACGUUAACUAGUUUUGGGCUCCGGUUACUUUCCACGGUAACCGGAGGCCAAAACCGAUUACCAUGGACGGUAAUCGGAGCCUAAUUCAAAAUUUGCUCAAUUUUCUUAAAAAAAAAAUUAAAAUAUGGUGUGGCUAGUAACAGGAGGUGAAAACCGAUUUCCCACCACCGGUAACCGGAGGUGAAAACCGAUUACCGGUUGCGGUCAAUCGGAUUUUGUCGCCGGUUACCGGUGUUGGCUAUCGGUUUUCACCUUCGGUUACCGGCCACUUAUUUCAUAAAUAAAAAAUAAAUAAAACCCCGGAAAUUACUUACCUCCUUUUCACCCAUUCCUCCAUAGAUGUCGCACCACUGCUGUCUAAGUCCGAGUCGCCUCCACCGCCUCAGAUCGCGCCACCGCCACUGCCUGAGCUCGCCGCCAAUUGCUUCCCGGUAAACCCCAAAUAUGUGGUUGUGGAGGUUGUGUGGUAAAAAAAAGGUGGAUGGUUGGUGUUUGAGGAGAGAGAAAAUAAAAUAAGGGUGAAAAAUGGGUUUGGGUUUAGUAAGGGAAA